CAACUACACACAAGCACUAGCUCGAUCGCACACACACACAGAGAGAGAGAGAGAGUAAUAGGUGAGAGUUAGCCAUGGCCGAUCUUGUGAUUGGCUUGUCCAAGACGGUGGUGGAGGGGGCGCUGAACAAGGUCCAGUCGGCUAUCGAGGAGGAUGCCAAGCUCCGGCAGAAGGCGCAGCGUGACCUUGUGUCCAUCACUCUCGAGUUCGAGAUGAUGCAGUCCUUCCUGGACGUCGCCAAGGAGGAGAGCAUCGCAAACAGUAUGGUGAAGACCUGGGUGAAGCACGUCCGGGAGCUGGCCUACGAUGUUGAAGACUGCGUCGAGUUCGUCGUCCACCUCGACAACACGCCGGAGUGGUGGCGGCGAUUGCUGCCUUCGUGCGUGGCGCCGCCACUGCCACUGGAUCAGGCCGUUGUGGAGUUGGAGGAGCUCAAGCGCAGGGUGGAAGACGUCAACAACUGUUACCGGCGCUACAGCAACAUCAACGAGUCUGUCGUGAUGCUGCAACAUCCAGCGUCUGCCGCCGGCAUCGUCGACACAACUGCAGCCAAGAUGAUCGCUGAGGCAAGGGACGCUGCCAAGAGGAGGCGGGGCCUAUGUGACCUUACCAAGUUGGUCAUGAAUGAAGACAGUGACUGUGGCGGUGACCUCCAAGUGAUUGCCGUGUGGGGGACAGGCGGUGAUCUUGGGAGAAUAGCAUCUGUCAUCUGGAAGGCCUACAACGAACAGCAAAUUUACACUAGAUUCACCUGUCGGGCUUGGGUGAAGCUGAAGCAUCCCUUCAACCCCGCGGAGCUGGUCAAGUCCUUGACUGCUGACUUCUAUGCAACCUCCCAUGGCUUGCACUCAAGCCAGCGGGAAAUUCAGUACCAAGAACCACAAGGGGAAGAAGUCGUCGUGGCUUCAGAUGUGCUGCUGAGCAUGAAGGGCGACCACAUCCAGGAGUUCUUGAAGCAAAUCAACAACAAGAGGUACCUUAUCGUCUUGGAAGACCUGUCCAGCAUGGCAGAAUGGCGCGCCAUUAGGACGUUUUUUCCCAACAAGAAGAAUGGCAGUUGCAUCAUCGUGUCCAUGCAGCAAUUUGUGAUAGCAAGCUUGUGCGUCGGACGUCCUUACCAACUCUUGGAGUUAGAACAGUUCUCGGCCGCCCACUCCGUUUAUGCCUUCAUUAAGAAGGGAUCUCAGUUUGAAGGAGAUAAAGGUGACAAGACCGGUGAUAAAAGGAAAGCAGCUGAAGACUGGAUGAUGCAUCAUCCCCUUGUUGGACGGGAGUCGGAAAUGAAUGAACUCCGUCAAUAUACAAAAACGGCGCGUUUCUAUUCAUUCCAAGUUAUGUCCGUGUGGGGGUUACCUGGAGCUGGGAAGUCAACUCUCCUGAAAAACUUACUAUGCGACACAAUUCUUAAGGAUUGCAGCCUACGUGAGAAAAAUAAGCCUGGCCUAUUUGACAAGUAUGCCUGGGUGGGUGUUUCAUAUCCAUUCGAUUUGACGGACUUCUCUGAGAGUUUACUAUUGAAUUUUCACUCACAAUCUCUUCAAGCCAACAAGGACAAUGAUAUUGAUACAGUGGGAAGCAAGAACCCCAUUGUAGAGUGUCGUGGGAUUCUGCAACAGGGUAGGUGCCUCGUCGUCAUUGAUGGUCUGCAGUCCACGGAUGAAUGGGACCCCAUACAGGUUGAAUUGGUAGCUGGAUCAUCUGAUAACUGUAUCAUCGUCAUUACAACAAAAAAAAGGGUCGCCAAAUACUGCCAGGGAAAGAAGGGGCUAGAGUUUAACGUCAAAGAUGUACAACCUGAUCAUACCUUUGUUCUCUUCAAUAAGGAGGGAUCUCAGUUUGAAGGAGAUAAAUGUCAGAAGACUGGUGAUAAAAAGAAAGCAGCUAAAGACUGGAUGAUGCAGCAUCCCUUUGCUGGACGAGAGUCGGAAAUAAACGAUAAAAAGAAAGCAGCUAAAAACUGGAUGAUGCAACAUCACCUUGUUGGACGAGAGUCGGAAAUAAAUGAUCUCGGUCAAUAUACAAAAAUGGCACGUUUCCAGGUUAUGUCCGUGUGGGGGAUAGCUGGCGUUGGGAAAUCAGCUCUCCUGAAAAACUUGCUAUGCGACACAAUUCUUAGCGACAGCAGCCUACGUGAGAAAAAUGAACGCUGCAUAUUUGACAAGUAUGCGUGGGUGGAUGUAUCCUAUCCAUUCAAUUUGCGGGACUUCUCUCGGAGUAUAUUAUUGAAUUUUCGUUCAGAAUCUCUUCAAGCCAACAAGGACAAUGAUAUUGAUACAAUGGGAAGCAAGAACCCCAUUGUAGAGUGUCGUGAGAUUUUGGAACAGGGUAGGUGCCUGGUCGUAAUUGACGGUCUGCAGUCCACGAAAGAAUGGGACUUGAUACAGGCUGAAUUGGUAUGUGGAUAUUCUACCAACGGUAUCAUCGUCAUUACAACAGAAGCAAGCGUCGCCAAAUAUUGCGAGGGAAAUAAUGGAGAGCUUGUGUUUAAUGUCAAAGGUCUACAAGCUGAAGAUGCCUUUGCUCUCUUCGAAAAGGAGGUGUCUAGUAAAAAUCAAUCUACUCCCUUAUUGACUGAUGGGGAUCCCGAUGAUAUAGAGCUACGAGAACUUAUUUCCAAAUGUGGUGGACUUCCCCAUGUAAUAGUUGAGUUAGCUGGAUUAUUGGGUAACAAAUCAGUGGGAUGGAAGACUGCUGCCCGUUCUAUAAAUGAUAAAUUUAUGCUUGAUCUGGAGAAUAAUCGGGAGUUUGACAGUCUGCAAGGUCUAUUUGGCUGGAUACGUGGCUACUUCCGUACUUGUCCAGAUUCCCUCAAGCCAUGUAUCUUCUACAUUACCAUUUUCCCUCGAAACAGUUCCAUCCGAAGGAGGCGAUUAAUAAGACGGUGGAUUGCAGAGGGUUACUGUAGGGACAGCCAUGAAGAAUCUGCAGAGGAGAAUGGGGAGAAGCAGUUCUCUAGCCUGCUUAGUCUGAGCAUAAUCCAGCAAGCAUCACAGAAGAUACAGAGCAACACAAGGAUGAUUUCUGUCAAUGGUUUCAUUCGUGAGUACAUCGUCUCCAAGCGAAUGGAAGAGAACCUUGGCUUCGAACUAGGGGCUAGUUCUACGAUGACCACCCAACGCACAGGGCGUCACCUUGUCAUAUUGGAUAAAUGGAAAAGAGACAGAAUUGUGUUGGAGAGAAUGGACUUCUCUCGGCUACGGUCACUGACCGUCUUUGGGGAUUGGAAGUCAUACCUCAUCUCUCAAAGUAUGGAGCAUCUUCGGGUCCUUGAUCUUGAGAAUGCAUCAGGACUGAAGGAUGAUGAUGUCAACAAGAUGGUGAGGGUGCUGCUUCGCCUCAAGUUCCUCUCACUGCGAGGGCAACGUGAGAUCAGGAAUCUACCAGCUUCAUUGCAUCAUCUGAGGCAGCUCCAGACACUUGAUGUGAGGGGCACCUCCAUAACCACCCUGCCCAAGAAGAUUACCAAGUUACAAAAGCUGCAGUACAUUCGUGCUGGCACCAUGGACUUCCAACAACCUAUUUCAUCCAGCAGAUGCAGCAGCUGGCUCCCUGACUUCUGCAAAUGCAAUUUUUAUCCUAGAGCCGGUGUUGGGGUGCCCAUAGGGAUUGGGAAAGUGACAGCAUUGCACACGAUUGGUGUUGUUGACCUCAAUGCUUCAGGAACCACUGCCACCGUGGAAGACCUCAAGCAGCUCACACAGUUACGCAAGCUUGGAGUUUCUGGCAUCAACAGGAAGAACAGCAAGCAGUUUUUCUCUGCAAUCCAAGAUCAUGAAAAUCUGGAAUCCUUAUCUCUGCGGCUCCAGAAUGACAAUAAAAAUCAAGGUUGCUUGGCUGACAUGAUAUCACUUCCUUGUAGAAAACUACGGAGCCUUAAGUUGUACGGAAUUGAUGCAUUGCCAAACUGGGGGGGCGACAGGCUUAGGAAGCUCACCAAAUUGGAGUUGGAGAUGGCCUCUUUAACAGAUGUCGGAAUAAGGUACCUUGGUGAUCUACCACAACUAUGUAUUCUUCGUGUCAAGCAGCUUGCAGAUGGUCAUCUCCGUUUCAGUGGGCUUGAGAAUGGGAACGAGGAUGAGUCCUACAAAAUGGUUAAGGUCCUCGAGAUUGCUUGCAGCUCAAUCAAACUAUCGGUGACUUUCGGGCCAAAAACGAUGAAAGAACUUGAGCUGCUCAAGGUUGACUGCCCCAGUGCGUCAUCAUUGGAGUUUUCUGGCAUAAAGAAUCUAAAAAAGCUCAAGGAAAUAAUGCUAGUUGAAGGUCCCAAUGACGAAACACAGAAGCAGCACCUUCAGAGCCAGCUUGCGGAGCACCCAAACAAAAACAAUCCCUCUGCACCCAAACUGAAGCUGGAGGAACAACUUAGUUCGUCUUCGUCCUGAAGGGUCAUUGAUAAUUGUCUCUAUGUAUUUCCAUUUGUCUUUCUACAACAAGACCGAAUCCACAGUCUUAAUCUGUCCGUGUAAUAAGGCAUUUUACGUACUUGGGCUACAUGUUUCUUUUUCUUCUUAUUGGCUACAUCUGUCGAUCUUGUGUUAAUUAAUUUAUUGUAUCCUCAGUAGUAGUUUACAAGGGAAAAAGAUUAAUAAUGUUUAGUCUAGUUUGGCGAUA